AGAGGGAGGACUGGCUCCAUUCCCACGGUCCCCUCACUUCCCCGGAUCGCCGUCUCUGUGGAUGUGUGGAUUAUCACUUUCCCCUCCAUCACACACAAUGGCCGCAAUUGAGGAACGAUUUCAGGCUGCCGUUAAUGUGAUCAAAGGAUUACCAAAAAAUGGACCCUAUCAGCCCAGCACAGGAAUGAUGCUCAAAUUCUAUGGACUCUUCAAACAGGCCACCGAAGGUGCCUGUGAACAGAAGAAACCCGGUUUCUGGGAUAUUGUCGGUAAAGCUAAAUGGGAUGCCUGGAUGAGCAAUCGACAUUUAAGCAAAGAGCAGGCUAUGCAACGUUAUGUAGAGAGUUUACAGGAAAUAAUCGAGACAAUGUCAUUUACGGAGAAUGUUCAGAACUUUGUUGGGAGUCUAGAUGGAUUGGGUAACAUUAAUUUGGAUGAACUGGAACUGGUAUCGCCGGGCAUGAAAGAGCUAGCUGAAUCCCAUCCCAAUUCGCCAUUCCAUUCGCGCACAAAUAGUCCACAGCAUGGCUCAAGCUGUAAUGGGGAAGAUGAAGCAGCGACUAUAGUGGAUGCAGGCACUACUGCAUCAUUAUCGUCUACACCCGCCGAAGAAACGUCCACAUUGCCCAAGGAGAAUGGGCAUAUAUCGCCUGCAAUUGUUCUAACCAAUGGUUAUUCCACUGCCAACGGUAAAUCCUCCACUUAUCAUGACCAGAGUUACACAAAUAAUAGUAGUGUGGCCAUUGUGGAUCCCUCCGAUGAUGAAUAUGAUGAUCCUUAUGAUCUCAGUCAUGAGCUCUCCCAGGCCAUUUCACACAAUACCGAUUUGCUGCGGCAAAUCCAAGCAACAAUAGCGCGCAUGAAUAACGAUGUGGGUACAGUGCAGCAACGUGUCUGUAGCCUCGAACAAUCACUACUGGAACUGAAAAAUGCACAAAAAGCGGCACGGGGAAAGGGUGCGUCACAACAGCAACCCGCUUGGUGGCCCUUCAAGCAGAUUUCCCCGCUGUGGUUUGCUGUCCUGGUGCUCUGGCCCUUCCUGGUCCGAAGAUUUGCAAGAAUGCUCCAGACUUCAACGGAACGCAGACGCUGACACUGCGACACCCUCUGUAAAAGAGAGUGGACUAGCUAAUUCUAGCAUGUGGUAGUUAAAAGAUUACUGUAUUGGUUAUGGGCAAGAGCUUGGUCUUUAUUAUUUUUUUGGCUUUCUUCUAUCUUCAAAUGGCUUCUUCAUUUAUUGUACAGACAGUUGGCCUUUUAUUCGUACAAUUUUCGUAUAGUUAUUUUCAUGGUUAUCCAGUUGCAAUAUAUUUGUAUACCUCUUUUUUAUUAUUAUAAUAUAUAUAUAUACGUGUAUAUUUAUUUUGUUUAACAAAAGCAACUUUUGUGGCACAUUCCCAUCUAUAUUAGUUUCUAAGUCCUUUUUUGUAUUUGUUUCUGUACUAAUUUUCUUUUUCUGUACACUGUCGGUCAGUGCAAUUCGGUUGUAAAAUGGAAAAAACAAAGACGGAACAAAUUUGAUUGUGCAUUAUUUUUGUUAUUAAUUAUAAUUUUUUUGUAAUAAAAAGUCAUGUUUGAAAAUAGA